UCCGUCAUCCGUUGCCGUUCGGUUUCUACUUUCUAGUUUUCUCGGUUAUAUUAUCAUCUCUCUCUCUCUCUCUCUCUUUUUCAUCCGGAGACGUUGGAAUGGCACUCUCCGGCGAAUCUCCGGCGGAAGUGAAUCUGAUUCCGAUUGAAGCUACUCCUGAAAGCUUCCAUGAUUAUGGACAGGUGAUCGAAGCUUCUUCUGAUGGCGAUGAAUUCGGUCCCACCGACGCUCAAUUAGAUCUCAGCAGAGGAACCCCUCGGUUCUACAUCAUGCACCUCAAAGACCGACCAUUUCGGUUCUCCAAAAUCACUCAUCACGCGAGCGUGACUCAGUGUCUUGGAUCAGCGGGCGGUCACGCCUGGUAUCUUGGAAUUUCCAAGCCGUCCAUUGUCGAGGAUGACCAGACGGGGACAAACCCCGAUGCAGUACGGUCACCCUGCGGUCACUUCUACGUCCCUCCUGCAGUUGAAGACGUCCGUGUUUUCAGAGUCUCGGGCCAGAAGUUCCUCAAACUCAAUCGUGGGACGUGGCAUGCCGGACCGCUGUUUAAAGAUGAUUCGAUGGCCUUCUACAACUUAGAGCUCACCAACACUAAUGUUGUGGAUCAUACAACGCAUGACUUCGUCAAGAACAAUGGCGUCAUCUUCCGGUUUGAUGACUAAGAUCAACACAUAACAAGGUGAACCACUUCCUUCUCCCCCUUUUGUAUUGGAACAAGACAUUUUCUACAAUGGAUGUUAUGUUAUUACUGGUCUCGUAAAUGGUUCGUUGUUCUGGUUCGGUACGGUCGAACCUCGUACCUAAUUUUAUUUGGUUUAGGAUUUCCAACCCGAUUUAAUCUUGAACC